CACGCGAUACACACACGUGUGUGUACGUUAAUAUAUGUAACGAUACGUGUCUUCCGUCGAAACUCGUGUUAGAUCGUCGCUAUCGUUUCGUUAGCUGUGUGACACGCGAUAAUGAAAACAUUUGAAAUAUUUUCUUUUAUCGCAUUCAAAUGAAUCACCUUGGGUCUGGUCACGAUCCCCCCAGGGAAUCUCGAGGUUUCUGUAAAGAACCGCCGGACGAUGAUCCGUUAAAGUCAUUUUGUCGUUUUUGCGUGGUGUACCAUGUUAAUCGUGAAGGUCGCAUUCCUGGCAACUGUGCUCUUUCUCGUUGUCUCAAGUCUCGCAUCGGAGGAGAAGCAUCAUUCUCGUUUCUGGCGUGUACUUCGAUCGAGCGACGAUCAUGCGUCCUCCAUGAAAGAACGAGAGACGUCAGAUUGGUAUUUUGAGCAAUGUUCUCUUGUGAAUACAUGGAAGGAGCAUAUCGGCUAUGUCAGCGUGUUGGCCUUUCUGGAUCCAGCUUGGUAUUACAGCUUCCGACAGGCGAUCAUGCUGAAGCUGCUGAGCUUGCGUUUAUGGCAGUCCGGUUUCCCGGACAUACGGUUCUUCAUGAUAACACCGUUCGCCGCUCCAUCAGAGGACGGGAAUGCCGAAGACGAUUUGGAGAUCGAGGCGUGGCUGAAGAUUGGAGCGAAGUAUGAAAUGGAGAUCAUGGAUGAUCAGUUUCUCAGAGACAACAGAUCGGAAAUCACUUUCCUUCGAGAUAAUCCACAAUCUCGUAUAUGGGAGAGGUUCCAAGCAUCGAGGGAUCAAAUAGUCGUCAUCGAUCGAUGCGGGAAAUUAACGUACCAGAUAAUAGUGCCGUGGAGUAUUUUAUAUUUUCCUUAUGUCAAAGCGGCUAUACUGUCGACAUAUCAGGAGGACCCGUGCAAUGGAUGUGACCCUACUGUCUAUCGAACACCGAGUCCUAAGAAUUACACUGAAAGAUUAAGAAACAACACCGACGAGGAAAGACUGAGUGCACAGGGCGAAAUCGACGGUGAGAACGCUAAUUCAAUGUGGACUAUCACGCAUAUGGAAAACUCCGCGAUUUAUCAUAACAAAUCGUCGACAAAGGAGCACGAAGCGAAUAAUAUGUUAUCCAUUUCUCUUGAGGGGACCACAGAUAAUAUCGAUCAUCUGAGUCUUUCUAAUGCGACGGAAACGUCAACGGAAUUUACAAUUUAUCAAUAUGAUAACGGCACGACCGAAUCUUGGUUCGACGAAAAUCGUCCACACAUGGAAGAAACGCGACGUCAGGAGAACCUAACAAGUUCGGACAGCAACGAUACCGAUGGAAUCAUUACGUCUUUUGAACCACAACGAGACGUGUUUCUUCCAGAACAGAUGGAAUCUCACCUGCAGACGUUGACAAACAAUAAUUCAGUCGUGAAUCAUAAGGAUACGACGGAUCGUAUUUUAUUGCUCGAUGAACCGGCGGCCGAUGAAAUCGAGAAUGACUCGACAUCUGUGGAUGAACAGACGACAUUUGAUUCAGCGAAUAAGAUACGAGAUGGAAAAGCAACAUCAAAAAAUGGACAUGUGGAAAAGAAUACAUUGGUCCCAUUACGCAUAAUCAUGUAUGCUCCGCACGUGCAUAAAAAUGGCAGAAAUAAAAAGUACAAGCAUUUGGUUCUGAAGACUGACGAUCCUAAUUUUCACGAACAUCUCGAGUCUAGAAUUGACGUUACUCCAUCGACGAAUUCGUGCCAGAUACUAAUUGAUGACGCCGAUUCUCGACUAGCAAACUCCGAAGAAUACAAUUGGAGAACCACAGAAGCAAACGCAGAUAUAGAAAAUCUUAAUUCAAUACACUUUGAUAAAGAUGAAAGUCCAGGAUUGUAUGGCGAAGUAACGUACUAUUGGAAGAGUUACGAAGAUAACGAUAUCACGGACAGAAAUAAAGCCUAUAACAAGACUAAGAAUAAUUCCAUGACGAGCUAUAAUGAAAAGCAUUAUACUGUCAACGAUUAUGCAACGAAUCACACAAAGUCUCAGGAAGAAAGCUAUUCAAAUGUUGCAGAAAAUCCAAAUGUUAAGAGUUCAACUGAUUCACAAAAUGUCAUUGAUUCAAGUACGAUUAAUUCUUCCAAGCCGAUUGAUACGGAUAAGAUCGAUAAGAUCGAUAGGGAAGAAAAGGAAAGAAAUAAAAUGGAAAUUUAUUCUAAACUUCUAUUUUGGAUCCAUUACAAAUUAAAUUAA